CAUCCUUAUAUAUCUCUAGCCUUCCAUACACUCCCUUGAUCAUUGCUACACACAUCUAGGACCUCAUCUACGAUACUACGAUAGCCCGCCGAAAACGCGGUCGAGACGAACGGAGACCUUCAGCACACUCGAACGAGCAGAGCGAGAGAGAACAACAAUCCCCAAGACGUGAUACCGAUAUACCACAAGACCAGCUUUAUCGACCUAUCGUCGAUCUGAUUUGUUUGAAGGAUGAAGGGACUUAAGAAGGCUAUGCAGCUCUCCAGAGCCAAAUCCAGCUCGGACUCGUCUAAAUCCAAAGACAAGAAGGACGAGAGAGAUCGGACCGCCUCGCCUUCCCCUUCUUCUUCCUCGCACCCUCUUAGAUCGUCUACCACAGCCUCGGCGGGGUCCAGUACGACUUCUGUCAACUCUACCAACAACAGCAACAAUGCGGGUCCGACCGCAUCUGGAGCGGGGACGAACUUGGGGUUGGGGUCGAGACAACCUGGAGGGUUAGGAGGAAUGGGCCUUGGAGCGGGCGAUCGAAGACCGGGGCAUGGGGCUGGGGAUAAGACUUCACCUGCUCCGCCUUUGGUCGUCGUCUCCGGUGCACCUAGUUCGGAACAGGGUUUAGGGGACGGGGUACCGCAUGCCGAUCAAGGUCAAGGUCAGGGGUCUCCUACUCGGAACAACAUCAACACCUCUCCCUUACUUGGGAACCCGCUAGGAUCACCUAAUUCCAACUCGAAUUCAUCAGCCGGAGGACGAUCUCUGGGAGUAGGCGGUGUGGGCGGGUUGACGGUGGGCAUGGCAGGGAUAGGUCUGGAGGGCAGACAACCGGGACAACCGCCCAAAGCGGGUCAGUUGACCAAGUUGAGACAGGGACCGAGGGAUACGAUACCGAUCGUCGGGAAGAGCCCGAGGAAGCAGAGGAGCAGCAGGUUUCAUGUGACGGAGAAGGUGCAUCUGGAAAAGUUGCCGGCGUUCAGCGAGGUCCGACCGGAAGAACGAACCGACCUGUUUAUCCGGAAAUUACAACAAUGCAGCUACAUUUUCGACUUUAAUGACGCUUCGGCCGACCUGACCGAGAAGCAUACAAAGGGACAGACUUUGCACGAGAUGUUGGAUUAUAUUACUGUUGGGAGGGGAGUUAUCACCGAGGCUAUUUAUCCCGAGGUGGUCGCUAUGUUCUCGUCCAACUUGUUCCGUUCGAUCCCGCCUCAGGUCAACCCGACCGGCGACGCUUUCGACCCGGAAGAGGACGAACCCGUGCUCGAACUCGCUUGGCCGCACUUGCAGAUCGUCUACGAGUUCUUCCUGAGAUUCGUGGAGAACCCGGACUUUAGCACCAAUAUUGGAAAGAAGUAUAUCGAUCAGACGUUUGUCUUGCACCUGCUGGAGUUGUUCGAUAGCGAAGAUCCGAGGGAACGGGAUUUCCUCAAGACGACUCUACACAGGAUCUACGGGAAAUUCCUCAACCUCCGAGCGUUUAUUCGUCGAUCCAUCAACAACGUCUUUUUCCAAUUCAUCUACGAGACCGAGCGACACAACGGGAUCGCUGAGCUCCUCGAGAUACUCGGAUCCAUCAUCAACGGGUUCGCACUCCCGCUCAAGGAGGAACACAAGACUUUCCUCACGAGGGUCCUCAUCCCCUUGCACAAGGCCAAAUCGCUGGCGCUCUACCACCCUCAACUCGCCUACUGUGUCGUCCAGUUCUUGGAAAAGGACGCUGCGUUGACGGAAGAGGUCAUGAUGGGUCUCUUGCGGUAUUGGCCCAAGGUCAACUCGCCCAAGGAGGUCAUGUUCCUCAACGAGGUCGAAGAGAUUCUGGACGUCAUGGAAGCGCAAGAGUUUCAGAAAGUCAUGGAACCCUUGUUUCAGCAGUUGGCGAGGUGUAUCAACAGUCAGCACUUCCAGGUCGCCGAACGAGCGCUGUAUUACUGGAACAACCCUUAUAUCGUUACCUUGAUGGGCGAGAACAUCCAGAUCAUCCUCCCGCUCGUCUUCCCGGCCUUGUUUACCAACUCGAGAACGCACUGGAACAGGACCAUUCACGGCAUGGUUUACAACGCCCUCAAGGUGUUUGUUGAGAUCAACCCGCAAUUGUUCGAGGAGUGUCAGCAUGGGUACAAGGAGCACAAGCGAAUGGAAGCGGAACGAGCGAUGCAACGACACGAAGAAUGGAUGCAGCUCCGAGAGAUCGGUAUCAAGCGGUGCGAGGAGAAGAGCCUACCCCUGCCUACCUGGUUGAAGGAACCGCCACCCCCGCCUCCCGAGCCGUUCCAUGACGAGGACGUCGGCGAGGUCUCGGCCGAGAUGAUCCAGCACGAGACGGCCGAGGCUUCGGAGAGCUUCAAUCUGGAGAGGUCGUUGGCGGACGAUCAGGUGCCUCUGGCUGAUCCCGAGGUGGAAGGCGCUAGGACGCCGAUGCCCCAUACACCGCUCAACCCGUUGGCCCCCGCUUCGCCAUCAUCCGCAGCGAGCCCACACGUACGCCGGAAAAGCGUACUUCCCCUCGACCCGGCUGUCAUGAGGGAUCUGCAGAAUCAUAAAAGCCUGGACGGGUCCGAUUUGGCCGAGGGACAGGCUGCUUCUUCGCAAUAAAGCACGGGAGCUCGACCUUUUUUCGACGCGCGGUCAACUAUGCGAUAGACGACGAUCUUUGACGACUUUCUUCUUCCUUCUCGACCGGAUUGGAUCUUCAUAUUCUUUCAACAUUCAUCAUCAUCGACCCACGGAGAUGGAGACGGACUAUGAUCGGCAGGUUUCCUCCUAGAGUGCCUAAUGGAGCGGGAAGGGUGACCGAUCCGUUCUGCAUGAAGACCAGAAUGGAUGGGAAGGGGUCCACCAACGCUUCGGCUUCUUUCUGCAUUCAGAGAUCACUGCUUCUCGUUUCUCUCUUUCAACUGCAGACUUGUUUUCUUCCUCUGUCAUCUAGCAUGCACUGUAAUAUGAUUUUUUAUUAUAGCUAUAGCGAUACCGGCAUUUCCCUAAGUGU